AGUUCCAUUCCUCCUCAGGGGGUGGGUUAGAUUUUCUUUCCUCUCCCAAUCCUAUUGCGGUGCGCAAAAGAGCACUCUGAGGAACCAGCGGGGCUUACGUGUACGAUCUUGAGGCUCCUUGCACCGAGGCGGUGUGGGGGACCUGCGCGCUCCCCCCUGGCGGAGGCAGGCAUCCGGGUUCCACCCUAGGGUCCCGGUGGUGCGGCCCGGAGGGAGCAGGGUCCGGAGUCGGGGAAAGGGCUGCGCCCCCAGCCGGUGUCUGAGUCCCGGGCGACCUCCAGGAUGCCAGAGCCCGACGGUUCCCGCAAAGACCCUGCGCGGCGGAAGAAGAAGGAGCCGGUGCACAGCACCGUCAGCCAGAUCUGCCCGCCUCCUCGGCGGCCCCUGGCCGUGGCCGACCUCCGCCCGGGCAUGGAGAACCAGCGGCUGGGGCUCGUGCGCGACUCCAUGCUUCAGAACCCGCUCAUCGUCAAGGCGGAACUCGGCAAACCCCGGGAAAGAAGCUGCAGCCUGCCUGGUGUUAAUUUCAACUACGGCCUCUACAUCCGGGGGCUGGACGGGGGCGUCCCCGAAGCCAUCGGGCACUGGAAUGUGUAUAAGCAGCAGCCCACCUGCCCCCAGAAGCUGACCCGGAACUACAUCGCCAUGAACUGCGGGGCUGUGAAAGCUGGCCUGGUGACCGCCCGGGAGAACGUCCUCUACCGCAGGUUCAACGACAUCCGCAUCAGUGACCAGGACGAGCGGCGCCAGAAGGAGCCGCCCACCGUGCCCCCCAACAUGACCUUCGGGAUCCGGGCACGACCUUCAACCCCAUUUUUUGACCUGCUGCAGCACCGGUACCAGCAGCUGUGGGUGCAGGAACAGAAGACCGCCCAGAAAGCCAUCAAACUGGAGAAAAAGCAGAAGGUGGUCCUGGGAAAGGUGUGCGAGACGAGGAGCAGUCUGCUGCGGAAGUACAAGCCACCAGUGAAGCUGGACACCCUGUGGCACAUGCCUCGCUUCCAGAAGGUUAUCCCCGGAGGAAUGGUGGGACUUUCUCGCUCCUGGAGGUGGGUCCCCAUCUUGAUACGUUCCCCACCGAGGCCGAUCGCCAGAGAGCAUUCAGAGCCCACCAGGAAGAGCGUGCUGUGCGCCAGGGGACCCUGCGGAUGGGCAGCUACACCCACGCCUAGUCCCGCCUCAUGAGGAGUACCCUGCACAGUGGAAGUUCCCCGAAGGACUCGCCUGUCUGUCUCGCUUACCCAACCCCAGGGAGCCCCUCCCUGUUUCUCUGGCUUCCGGUGGUGCUUCCAGUGGUGCCAGGGCCUCGGGUAGCUCUUGCUCUAGGGUUCAUUCUUUUUGGUGAGCACCCCCCACCCUGCACCCCACUCUGGGUUCACCAACACGAGCCUCAACUUACCCCAGAGCCUCUCCCUGGGGGCUCCCCUCCCGGGGUCUGCUCCCCCCACUUCUCCCCAGCCCUCACCUGACAAGAGAAACCCAAAUUACAAGGCAGCUCUUAACUGCCCCAGCUAAGGGCAGAAUCCCCGACUCUGCCCAUUAGGGUUAAGAACAACCCGUGCACCUCCUGCGGAACGCGAGACACUGACGAGCUUUGAAAGCCCUCACUUUAUAUUCCAAACAUGAGUUUUAAUUGCUCUUUU